AUGAAGAAGGAAGACGCAAAUGCGGAGAAGGUCUGGUUAGUUUUUGUCUAUGCUUGCUUUAACAGUUGGAUGUAUCUGCGCUGUUUUUUAUUCUUACAGGAUUAUAGAGCUAGGAGAUUUAUCGAUCAGAAGGUUGAGGUCGUGAGCGGGACCACCACUGACGACUAUUUGAGGAAGCUAGAUGAAGCUCUUGAGGUUGCUUCGCGAAAUUUCCAACCAGAGUUAGUGAUUUACAAUGCUGGGACUGAUAUCUUAGACGGAGACCCUCUGGGGCGUCUAAAGAUAAGCCCUGAUGGUAUAACAAGUAGAGACGAGAAAGUCUUCAGAUUUGCAAGGGAAAAAAAUAUUCCUCUUGUGAUGCUGACUUCAGGUGGGUACAUGCAGUCUAGCGCCAGAGUUAUUGCGGAUUCCAUUGAGAAUCUCUCACGUCAAGGAUUGAUCCAGACACGGCCGGAAUGAGUUUCCACACGAACUGUUAUAGAGCCAAAACAGAGUUUCUGUGUUUUCGGCUAUGUGUUAUUUCUUCCUGUUUGUGUUCAAAUGGAAUGUGAAUUGAUAGAGGAUUGUUUCUACUUUGGACUUUGAGUUGUGUAUUAAUAGGAUGGAAAUGAAUAUAUAGCAAGUUUGGUGUUGUGGAAACUUGAAUAACUAAUUUUGUUAAAACUA